CUCUCUCCUCCCACCAAUUAAUUUUCUUGGGAGAGUAGUAACAACACAUAAAUGAAGAGAUAGAUAGGCAUUCUGAAACAAGAUCACAAGUCUGCCCCUAAGAAAACAACAACACUAUAGUACACUUUUAAAGUUUAUUUUCCAUUUCUCUAAAACCACAUUUCUUUCAUUUUCAUAGCCCCAACCCCCUCUUUUACCCUAUUAAUUAUCCCCUUUUUAUUACAAAGUAAUUAUCAUUUAUUUGCUAUAAUAUCAUUUUCAUCCUUUGAAAACUGUGCAUUAUUUCUUCUCUUUGCUUUUUAGCCUUUUUCUUCCUUACACUUCAGUGCCUUUUCUAUUUGAGUACAUCUUUUUGUGAAACAUCCUCUGUUUUUACUUCCUCUGUUUUCUGAAUUUCUGAUUUUUUUUUUCUUCCCUCAUUUUAUUCUAUAAUAAUCAUAUCAUAUGCAUUUUUCUUCCUCUAGUGAGUUAUUCUCCAAUUUUAUUUCAUAAAGAUGUUAUCUUUAUUCAAUUCCCAUUGUGGGGUUUUCUAAUUUUGCACUAAAAUAGGUCUCAAAUAAGUAAAAAAACAGAGGAACUUUAUUUCUUUUUUAAUAUUCAACCCAUAAUUUUCUUGGUUUUUAGUAAAAAAAAACAAUCAUGAAGAGAAUUCUGAGAAAAUUAUGGUUUGUGAUUUUCUCCCUCCUCAUAUUUUCCAUGGAAAGUGAGUGGUGCAAUGGAGAAGAAACAGCAGAUGAAGUAGCAAUAAUGGAGAAAACAGAGAAAGAAGCACUUUACAAUGCAAUUCAAGGUUUUUUGGGUAAUUGGUGGAAUGGUUCAGAUCUUUAUCCCGAUCCUUGUGGUUGGACUCCAAUUCAGGGUGUUUCAUGUGAUCUCAUCAAUGAAUUUUGGUAUGUUACUGAUCUGAGUAUUGGACCUCUUCAUGACAAUUCUCUUACAUGUACCAAAAACCCUGAUUUUAGACCACAAAUCUUUGAGCUUAAGUAUCUCAAAUCUCUAUCUUUUUACAAUUGCUUCAUUUCUCCUCAUAAUUUAGUCACUUUACCUGGUAACAACUGGGAGAAGUUAGCUACAAGACUAGAAACCUUGGAAUUUCGCUCGAAUCCUAGCCUUAUUGGAUCACUGCCUACUGUUUUUAGUAAUCUCCAACAGCUGCAAUCCUUGGUGUUGAUCGAAAAUGGAAUUACUGGAACAUUGCCAACAGAUAUAGGCAACUUGGUGCAUUUGAAGAGACUAGUCCUUUCUGGGAACAACUUUACGGGCCGAAUUCCUGAGACUAUUGGCAGUCUGAAGGAGCUCUUGAUCCUUGAUAUGAGCAGGAAUUCAUUAUCUGGGUACCUUCCUACCUCAAUUGGGUACCUCAAUUCACUCUUAAAGCUCGAUUUAAGCAACAAUAUGUUCAUGGGUAAUAUUCCUAGUAAUGUUGGCAAUAUGAAGAAUUUGACUCUGUUGGAUCUUAGAGGCAACAAUAUUACUGGUGGAUUGACAAAAUCAAUUGAAGAAUUGGAGUCAUUACAAGAAUUGGUGUUAUCUGAUAAUCAAAUAGGAGGUGAAAUUAGUAAGAUUGAUUGGCAAAAGUUGCAAAAUUUAAUGAUUUUGGACCUUUCAAAUCUGGGUUUGUCAGGUGAGUUUCCAAAGUCUAUGAUAAAGUUGAAGAAGCUUAGAUAUGUGGGCCUUGGUAACAACCAUCUUACAGGUUUUCUACCAUCAGAAAUUGCAAAAAUGUCUGGUGUAAGUGCAGUUUAUGUUAAUGGGAAUAAUCUGACAGGGGAGCUGAAAUUUUCUGAGGUCUUUUAUCAAAGACUAGGGAGGAGGUUUGGGGCUUGGAAUAACCCAAAUCUUUGUUACGCGAGUGGGCUAAUGUCAACCAGGCAUAGUCCGAUUGGUGUGAAACCUUGCAAGUCAGAGGACAUCUUGGUAAACACUAAUAUGAAAUACGAGUUGAGUGGUGAUAAUGGUAACGUUCUACGACAACAUGCAGCUUGGAUCCCUUCAACAACUGCAUCUAACAUCCUAAAUGCGGAUUAUAUAUCCUCUUUGGGCCUGUUAAGCUGUAGAAUUGAAGGGUUAUGGUGGGUUUUACUACUCGAGUCACUAAUGAUAGUUAUGUUAUUGAAUUAUUUCUUGUAAUUUAGGAAGAUUAGAUGCUUAAGGAAAAAAUAGAUCCAUUUCAAAAACAAAAAGGGAAAAUUUAGAAGUAUGCUUUUUCUUCUAAUCUCUAUCAUGUCAUAACUCUCAUAAGUGAUGAAACUAACAUAUAUUCUCUUGCUACAGAGUGUUUUAAGUCAAACAAGACAUAUCACACGAAUGUUCUGUUGUUGAUGAGUACUUGCUCCUAUCUUGCUGUCAAUUAUUUCAAUUUUAUUUCACGUUAAGCUCAAGUCUACGCCCAAAGCAUCUAUUGUACACCCGAUAAAUUGUGCCCAAUGCAAGUAUGACUUGGUAUGACACGCAAUGACUCGAUGCGCAUGUGUCAUGUACGUGCCAUGAUGUCGGAUACUUCAUAUGUUCUGUUUGAAGGUUUUGUAGAAUAACUAAGAUUAUGCUUUAGAAUUGUUCAUCAAACAUACAACAUGUGACAAGUUGAAAAGAGAGACUAGUAUUGCAUGUGUAAAAUACCCUUAGUGUAAGCCCUCUUGGCGAAGAUUAAAAAGGACUAGGUGCUCCAAGAUAGUAGGGGACCAUGGAUCAUCGUGGAGGCUUCUGCUGCACAAAAGGCCUUUAUUGCAUGAGCAGAUACUUGAUAAAGCCUGCCGUAUAUAAUGCCAAACUUUUUAAUGAUUGGUUUAUUAGAUUUAAUUGCAUGUACAGACAAUUUUAUGUUUAAGCCCU